CUCAUUCCGGGGUAAUGCAGCCUUUAUUGCAGUUGAUGUGACCAGCAGUCAGGCUGACAGUCUGGCUGUGAAAAUUCACAAUAUCUUGUAUCCUUAUCGUUUCACCAAAGACAUGGUUCAUUCAAUGCAGAUGAUUAUCAAGUUAAAAAAAAGUUGUUUACAUUCUCUUUUGGUGAUAGCAACAGAUCAAUUACUCAGAGUCACUGUGCACAGCAUUCAUUCCCAGCUCAAGGAGGUUCUUCAGCAAGUGGACGAUAAAUUUAUCGCUUGUUUAAUUAACACUAGGAAUGGAAUGGAAAAAAAGGCAGAUGGAAACCUCCUGAUUUUGGUGGACCAACAUGCAGCUCAUGAACGGAUCCGCUUGGAGCAGCUGAUUGCAGAUUCCUAUGAGAAGGAAGCUGCAGCAUGUGGCAAGAAGAAAAUACUGUCAUCCUCCAUCUCUCCCCCUUUGGAGAUUGAAGUUACUGAAGAACAAAGAAGAUUUCUACGAUGCUGCUACAAAAAUUUGGAGGACUUGGGUCUUGAAUUAUCAUUUCCUGAGACAAACAACUCCUUGAUUCUUGUGAGGAAAGUGCCAAUGUGUUUUAUAGAAAGAGAAGCCAACGAAUUACGGCGGAAAAGACAACCUAUCACUAAAAGUAUUGUGGAGGAGCUUAUUCAAGAACAAGUUGAGCUAUUGCAGACCACAAGAGGAGGAGCGCGAGGGACACUGCCUCUGACGUUUCUGAAGGUGUUAGCUUCCCAGGCCUGUCACGGAGCUAUUAAGUUUAAUGAGCAUUUGACUUUGGAGGAGAGCUGCAGGCUUAUUGAAGCUUUGUCAUCUUGUAAGCUACCCUUCCAGUGUGCUCAUGGAAGACCUUCAAUGCUGCCUCUUGCAGACAUAGACCAUCUACAGCAGGAAAAACAGCCUAAACCUAAUUUAACUAGACUUAGGAAGAUGGCAAGAGCAUGGCAGCUAUUUGGAAAAAAAAAAGAACCUAUUUAAAAAAAAGUUAAAACUGUAAACUGCAACCAGUAGAAGCACUGGUAUGAUCCAUGAUCCUGUGGAUAGACUACCCUGUGUGAAGCCAAGUUCUGAGCCAGUGCAGUCACCAAAGCUCUCCUUUGACUACUGACCGAAGGAGCAGAGCCCAGCCAGGAGAACAUGGCAGGAGGAGCCCACCCUUGGAGCCUGGAGAAGCAUCUUCAACCUUAAGGAAUAGUGCUGUAAGCCUGGGCGCUAUGUCACUGCUGCACUGCUGGGUGUAAGGAGUUGCAGCCACUUGCAGCUACUGAAGCAAAGCACUUCUUUUCUGCAAGCACAGCAUAAUUCUGCAUAAUAGAGAGGGGAAUUUUAAUUAGUGUAUUUUAUAGUACUUUGAAAAUUGGAAGGUAUUUUUUAAUAAAGUUCACAUUCAACUCA